AAUGUUAGUAAACUACAUUUGAUCAUUACUUCGAUUAUCUUUAUUGUUUUGACGAGUUUUCUUCACUUGAUCUGACGAUUAGGACUCAUUUCUUCAGGUCUAUACUUACAAGAGAAAUGGAAACUUUGAUAGAACAGCAACGUCGUUACCACGAAGAACGCGAGCGCUUGGUCGAUAGUAUGGUGAAAGAAAUGCUGUGGAAGAAACCAACAACAAGAGAUGUGAUAAAUUCAGAACAUAGGCUUAAACUGUUGCUUGAUCAAUAUAUGGAAGGAACUAAUAAGCUAAAAGAGUUUUAUGAAGAUAAAGAUGGCUUACGUAAAGAAGAAAUUACUUCAAUUUCGGGACCCAACGAGUUUGCUGAAUUUUAUUUUCGUCUGAAAAAUAUUAAAGAUUUCCAUAAGAAACACCCCAAUGAAAUAUCAGUACCACUGUCAGUUGAAUUUGAAGAUUUAAAUAAUCUUCGGGAAAAUCCUUCAGAGGAAAUGUCUAAUAUGGUUGAUUUUACAGAUGAAGAAGGUUAUGGAAGAUAUUUAGAUUUACAUGAGUGUUAUGAAAAAUAUGUAAAUUUAAAAGGAGUUGAAAAGGUUGAUUACAUUACUUAUUUAUCCAUAUUUGACCAUUUGUUUGAUAUUCCUAAAGAUCGCAAGAAUUCAGAGUAUAGAAAAUAUGUUGAUACUUUAUUGGAAUACUUGCAUGGUUAUUAUUUACGAAUAAAACCUUUACAUGAUUUAGACAAUGAAAUGGAUACUGUUCGAAAUGAAUUUUUAAGUCAAUGGGAAGAAGGCACUUUUCCUGGUUGGCCUAAAGAUACUAGUAGUGCUUUAGCCAAUGUAGGAGCACAUUUGGACUUAUACGCCUUUUCAUCUUGGGAAGAGUUGGCUUCCCUUGGACUUGAUCGUUUAAAAUCAGCUUUGAUGGCUUUAGGAUUAAAGUGUGGUGGAACUUUAGAAGAACGAGCUCAGCGGCUAUUUUCUACUAAAGGAAAAACUUCAUUAGAUCCGGCAUUGUUAGCCAAAGGUAAACCUGGAAAAAUGAACCGUAGUAAAGAACAAGAAAGGCAAAAAGAAUUAGCAAUGCUUGAGGCCCAAGUGUAUAAAUUUUGUGAACUUUUAGCAGAACAAAGAUUAGCUACAAGAGAAAAUGUUCAAAGAAGACAAGCUCGUACCGAAGGAGAACGUGAUGACUCUGAAAAUGAAGCAAGUGCAUCAGAAUCUGAAGAAGAGCAAGGUGAAGAUAUACCAUAUAAUCCAAAAAAUUUACCUCUUGGUUGGGAUGGAAAGCCAAUUCCUUAUUGGUUGUACAAAUUGCAUGGAUUAAAUAUUAGUUACAACUGUGAGAUUUGUGGUAAUUUUACGUAUAAAGGUCCCAAGGCUUUUCAGCGACAUUUCGCUGAAUGGAGACAUGCACAUGGUAUGAGAUGCUUAGGUAUUCCAAAUACUGCACAUUUUGCUAAUGUUACACAGAUUGAAGAUGCUCUUGCACUUUGGGAAAAAUUGAAGACUAUGAAGCAUGAUGAACGAUGGCAACCUGAAAACGAAGAAGAAUUUGAAGACUCUCAAGGUAAUGUAGUGACAAAGAAAACUUAUGAAGAUCUCAAGCGUCAAGGUUUAUUAUAAAAUUAUAAAAAUUAUAAUUAUUUUAAAUUAAAAUAUAAAACAUCAUUUAUUUAAUUAGA